GGGACUUGGCCAUGCAGAAAACACUUGCCCUUUGUGUCCUAGUGACCACCUACCUGUGCCUGGUGGCUGGGGAUGUGGUGACCAACUUCUACGACAUCCCAGAAUGCUACGAGUCUUUCCACAAGGGCUGGAUUCCUGACCUGGGAAAGGACAGGGCCGAGGUGGUUAAACUCUGCCACCGUUUCAACAACCAGUACCACUUUGCCACGCUGUACGACACAUAUCACCGCAUAGCGGUCUACUCGGCCUACAUCUUUGAGCCCAGCAACGGAGGAGGCAGGGAGAAGCGCUGGUUUAUUGAGCCUCAGCUGGUGGAUCCCUCAUGGAGUGGGGAAAUGAAAGAUGGCUACUGGCUUGGGCAGGACAACCCUGAUAUUUACCUGGGCGAGAAGCAGGCUCUGAAUGAAGACUACACACACUCUGGGUUUGACCGAGGACACCUCAACCCCAACGGUCAUCAUGCUGUUCCAGGACGCAACGCCACCUUCACCCUCACAAAUGUAAUUCCCCAAAAUCCUAAACUCAACCAGAAUGCCUGGCGAAUCUAUGAGACCAAGCUCACGGAGAAGUUUCUAAAUUGCCCCUACCAGGCCCAUGUCCUGGUAGGCGCCAUCCCCUCCGAAAACAACUGGAUUGUCAAGAACAACGUCAACCGUGUCAACAUCCCAGAGUACAUCUGGAACGCCUACUGCUGCAUGGGCCACAACGGCUGGGCUGAGUUCAGCGGCGGUGCAACGGCCCUCAACACGGAGCAGAACAUUGUAGUAGAACGUACUCUGGAGGAGAUGGUUGAGUUCCUCCAGCAGCACUCCAACACACCUGUGGGGGAACUGUUCCGGGUGUGUUAAGUAGAGAAUCAAAUACUAGCUUUGACAGCAGUAGAGCUCAGUAUGUGAUAUGGUAAUUGG